AUGCACCUAACUCAAGACCACGAAGACCAAAUAAACAACCUGUACUCCCGCAGACUAAAAGUAAUAAACUCUAAAGAUGAAGAACGACCUGGAACAUCAGCAGGGGUAGCAUUCGUACUAAACAAAGAAUUAACGAACAUCGAGAACAUAGAGUACAACGAAAUCAUACCUGGCAGAGCGCUAAUGUUGAAAACCCGCUGGCACAACAAUGAAGAACUCAGGAUACUCAACGUAUACGCCCCGAACAACCCUGCCGAACACCACAACUUCUGGUCAAAAAUCAAAGAAGUUGAAUCUAGAAGUAACAAUCAACAAAUAGACAUUAUGUUAGGCGACUUCAACUUAACAGAGGACCCUCUUGACAGAGCACCUGCACGCCCAGACAACGAAAACGCAACGGAUGCAUUAAGAGACCUAAGAGAAAGUCUCAACAUACACGAUAACUGGAGAAAAACGCACCCCACAUCCCGCCUCUUUACAUUCUACAGCAACUCCAACUCUUACUCGAGACUGGACAGAAUAUACUCCUCCCCCACACACGAUAAAAGCCUUUACGACUGGUCAGCAUGCACAUCGGCCAUCCCAACCGAUCACAAAAUGAUACUAGUUAGAUACGCACCCCCAAACACGCCGCACAUAGGAAACGGGCGAUGGUCCUGGCCGCUUGGCUUAAUAAAUGACGAAAAACUGUUAAAUAACAUUAGUCAAAUUGGAAGAAUAGCACAACAGAAAAUAGAGACAUACCGACAACCAAAUGAAAGCAACAUCCAAACAAUCUGGGAAGACUUCAAAAUUAAAAUCCGCCAAGAAGCAAAAAAAGCGACUAAAGAAAACCUAUACAAAAUCAACACCAGAAUAAAACAAUUAGAGAAAGACAUAAAACUAACCUUAAGAAAUGAUGACAUAGACACAAAUAGCGACACGAGAAGACAAAAAGCAGAUUCAAAAACAUACAACUACGCUCGAGAGCGAAAUGGAACGCUGAAGGAGAAACAAUCGGUAAGUACUGGUCAAAAAUAA